AUGGAUCUCUGCUGCGACAGCCCCGCCGCCCCCGGCCCCGCCGCCAUCCGCGAGGGCUGGUUCCGCGAGACCUGUCCCCUGUGGCCCGGCCAGGCCUUGUCGCUGCAGGUGGAGCAGCUGCUGCACCAUCAGCGCUCGCAGUAUCAGGACAUCCUUGUCUUCCGCAGUAAGUCCUAUGGCAACGUGCUGGUGUUGGACGGCGUCAUCCAGUGCACCGAGAGGGACGAGUUCUCCUACCAGGAGAUGAUUGCCAACCUGCCCCUCUGCAGCCACCCCAACCCGCGCAAGGUGCUGAUCAUUGGGGGCGGAGACGGCGGCGUCCUGCGGGAAGUGGUGAAGCACCCCUCAGUGGAGGCCGUGGUCCAGUGCGAGAUUGAUGAGGAUGUCAUCCAAGUGUCUAAGAAGUUCCUGCCGGGUAUGGCUGUUGGCUACUCUAGCUCAAAGUUGACCCUCCAUGUCGGCGACGGUUUUGAGUUCAUGAAACAGAACCAGGAUGCCUUCGAUGUUAUCAUCACUGACUCCUCAGACCCCAUGGGCCCCGCAGAGAGCCUCUUCAAGGAAUCCUAUUACCAGCUCAUGAAGACUGCCCUCAAGGAGGAUGGCAUUCUCUGCUGCCAGGGUGAGUGCCAGUGGCUGCACCUGGACCUCAUCAAGGAGAUGCGGCAGUUCUGCAAGUCGCUCUUCCCAGUGGUGGCCUACGCUUACUGCACCAUCCCCACCUACCCCAGCGGCCAGAUAGGCUUUAUGCUGUGCAGCAAGAACCCGAGCACCAACUUCCGGGAGCCGUUGCAGCAGCUGACAGAGACACAGGUGGAGCAGAGGCAGCUGAAAUACUACAACUCAGACGUGCACCGGGCAGCCUUUGUGCUGCCCGAGUUUGCCCGCAAGGCCCUGAAUGACAUGAGCUGAGCCCGGAGCUGCUGCUGCCGCCGCCGCCGCCGCCGCCGCCACCACCCAAAAACCUCAGACCAGGGAGCCCCAGGGUGAUCGGGCCCCCCCAGCCCCACACAAGACCCUCCGUGGGCUCUCACCCACCAACCAAGUGUUAGCGGCCCCAGAAUGCUGCCCGACCUGCCCUGCUGGGUGGACUGUCUGUCUUCUUUCCAUGUGGCAUCCAGCCUCCAAACCUAUACCAGCUGUGUACAGCACCUUCUCUGCCUUCUGUUACUCCCACUCACC